CUUCCUUUGUCCGGGUCAGUUCGAGCUGGAUUCCACCGAUGGGAGUUCGGAAGAGCCGAAGAUGCCGAAGAGAAGCUGUCUGUGGAGAGUGGAAGGUUCUGGCGGACAUCUUUCAGGCGAUUUAAAUCUGGUGGAAUCCCGGACCUUCGUUUACGUCUAGUCAGCACAAAGCACAUGUGGGAUGGUCCAAAUAUCAAACUUGGUUCAUGAGGCCCUCUCAAGAAAAUCUGCUGGCAAUAAUAUUACUACAGCCAAAAAGUGGCUUGUAGUAUUUGUUGUCGUAAUAGCUGUUCUUGUACAGGACCUGCGCAGUGGUGAAAGUGGACAAGGAAGUCUUUGGCGGAGUGUUUGUGUGAUUGGCUGCAUAUUUGCCAGUAUUAUUUUCUUGAAACUUUUGUGGCGAUAUAUCAGCCAGUGCUUCAAGUUAUCUCCAAUGGAAGUCUCAGAAAAACAACGUUCACUUUUGUCCAUAGAUGAAACAGAUGUUGGAUUUAAACCUUCAACUCCAAAGAAAGCCUGCUCAACUCCUGUGGUUGAUAAAUCAGUCCCUCUAUCAUCGCUGUUUUUGGCUUCACUAAGAACACCUGCAGGGGGACAAGUCACACCCAUGAAUAUGUCAGCAGCAUCCUGGGCUAGUCCACCUCCUGCAGGACCAGGUGCAAUGUCACCUGUAAACUUAAUGUCAAACGGUUGGGGAACACCUUCUAUGAUGCGGACUCCUGCAGCUGCUGUGGGACUCACCCCCAUGAAUAUGUCUGCUGCUUCUUGGGCAAGCCCAGCUCCAAAUAGCUCCACGUCGUCUCCAAGUCCCACUGGCAGUCCAGGUAUGAAUUACAGCAUGAAUAGCAGCAGUGCCGGAUCAAUGACUGCCAAUUCUUGGGUGUAUCACUGUAAUCAGUCAGGUGUUGAAGCUUCUUUUGGCUCUGUACAGCAUCCCAUGUUUUCAGCUUCACAGAUGUCAGAUUCUCUUCUUAGUCAGCUGAACACCAGUGUUGGAAGCUCAGCAUCUCCAAAAGUUGGUCCUCCCAUCACUGAUGAAGCAGGAUUGCAAGAAUACUUAACCCAGUACAAAGAAAAAGAGAAGUUGCGUCAGAUCAUGUCUCAAGCAGAAAGUAACAACAGCAUGAAUAGCUCUUUGUGGGCUUAUGGGACAUCUCCACACUCACAACUGUCAGAUUAUGGCAAUGUUCUGCGAAAGAAUGUAUAUCAGGCAGCUACUAAAGAUGCAGACCAGGAAACAAAUUCUGCUGAUAGCAAAAAUGAUGAUAUCAAAGCAUCAAACCUUUCAAGCUCUAGUGUGGGUAAGAUUUGGCGGAAGAGGAAUGUGACCCCUGAGGAACUCUUUCAGUUCACAGAAAACUUACGGAUUUGGAUGUCGGCAAAUCUUCUGGUUCCUCUAGUUAAAGACAUAGAUACUACAAACAAGGAUUUAGGAGCAGUAGCACCUGAAAUUCAGAUUGGAUCAGUUGGUGUAGAUAAGCUGAAAAAGACAGCUCAAAAUAUCAGUGGUGUGAAACAGUUAGGAGAUAUUGUCCCAUUCCUUGACGUGACAGUACAUCAAGAUUAUUUAGUCCAUCGUUUACGAGAAUUGAGUGUUGGUGGUGCUAUAUCUGCUUAUCGUUGGAAUGGAGGCAGUUCCACUUUCAAUGGUAAACCAUGGAAAGAUGAAUAUCCUACUGACACUGCUAUACUCUUGCAUUUAUUUGCAAUGUAUAUGGAUCGCCAGUUGCCUCCUGACAUACAGCAACCUGAGGGUCGUAUGUUUUCCACCACUCAUAUAGUGAAAGCCCCAGAGAAACCAAAUAAGCCAACUAACAUACCAUUACUGUACCUGAGUCAGGUGAACCCACCACAUCUAAAAGUAGUUCUUCCACCUGAAGAGGAGUGUGAAGUUGGAAGUGGUCGUAACAAUUUCAUACAUGCUUUGCUACUUUUCAUUCAUCAUGUUACACAUCAGCAGCACUCACGGAUUGCUAACAUUAAUUUGUCUAUGUCAGGUGUAAAUCUUUCCUGGGUGGUUAGUUCAUCAUGAUUAACAUUUGCUGGUAAUUUGUCAAGACUUUAGAUACUAUUCUUGUUACUGGCAGUUUUUCCAAGGAUCUUCAAAUAGCUUUUUAAGAGGUUUUAUUAUACUUUUGUACUGAAGGUUUCAGUUCCAGAUCAGUUUGUUACAUUACCUUAUCCUAAAUAAGGAUAUGUUAGUAUAUUUUAAGUGUUAUCUUCAAUGGCUGUCUUAGAUGUAAGAGUUGAGAUUAUAACUUACUGUAUGAAUGUCAGUUUAAUUCUUUAUUUACAUGACAAACUGUUUAAUUCAGGGUUUUAAAGUUGUUUUAAAUCAUUUUUCAAGUGCUUGAAUACUUCCAUAUACUUUUUCUACAUGCAUCAGUAAGUGCAAUUUUUUCACGAUGUAAGCAUAAUUUGAAAUUUAUUUCGUUAGGGAUGACUAAUUUUUUCUACCUUCAAGGAUUUGUACUAAUUGAGUAUUAUUUUAAUUGAAUUGGAAUGUUUUAAUAUUUUUAAAACUAAUUACUCCAUUAGUUUUUUCCCAGCAAUACUAAAUUUUGUAAAAUGAAAUUUUGUCAUGAUAAAAAGGAAUAUUGAGAA